AUCUCUACUCUAGCUAAAAGCGCCAACCAACGCUAAAGCUAAGCUAGUAAAGUGGUUUCUUGUUUGAUCGUUUCUCUUUUGCAUACUUUUGAGUUGUUACAAAUAAUUUCUGUUAGGAAAAAGUUCAGUAUCUCGUAAGAAUACUUAACAUCGAUUUGUUGCUCAUAUGUACCAGUAAUCUUGCAGUUUUUUAUUUUUUUUAAUAGAGGGCUAAAAACACUGCUAGGCCUACUUAGGCUAUCUUGUUUGGAUUUGGCCUAGUUACCUACUCUUUUCAAGUUAAAAAUGUUUCGUAAUGGAGAUGAUGGCUAUGGUGGAUAUGAAGGGGGUGGAGGAGGCUUUGAUGUUUCUGGUUUUGGAGGAACAGGAGAAACGCCCCAGGGUGACAAAAAGGUCAGGAGAUCAGACAGUAUUGUUCCUGUUACGGUGCGACAGAUUUUGGAAAGUAAAGACUCUGGACUUAAAAUCGGCCAAAUUGAUGUUGAAGCACAAAUGGUAAAGCUAAUUGGAAUUGUAAAGAAGAUAAACAGGUCAAACAUCAAGGUAAUUUACACCAUCGAGGACAACACUGGAGCUAUUGAAGGAGUACAAUGGCUUGAAUCUGAGAAUGAUGACAACUUCACGGUGCCAGUUGUAGAGAACACGUACUGUACGAUGGUCGGGUCAAUCCGUAACGUGUCCACGCAACACAGUGAACGUCACAUCAUGGUAUUUCAGAUCUUUCCUGUAGAAGAUCUCAACCAAGUCACAGCACACUGUCUCCAGAUUAUCCACAUGUCCCUCAAGUCGGAUAUGCUCAAUCAGACGAUAAGUGCACCGAUGGAGACUACUUCAAUGCCUCAAGGAAUGAUGAACAAUUCUUCAAUUGAGAAUAACGACUUGUUUAAGACUCUAACACCCGUUCAGCAAAGAGUGUUGAGAGCACUGUCGCAAAGUUGUGAUUCAGGAGAAGGUGGGACCCAUAUUGAUACCAUCAUGGAAGCCAUGACAGUUAAAAUACCCAAAAAAGAACUAGAGAAAAUUUUGGAGUAUUUAUGCAGUGAAGGACAUGCUUACUCCACCACUGAUGAAUUCCACUUCAAGUGUACAUAGUUACAAUGGAUCCAACUGUAUGGCAAUCAAGUUUAAAAACAAUUGAAGUGAGAUAGCCACAACAUCAAUACAAAGUGGAUUUAUAAAAUGGUUCUCAUGCUAUUACCCAAUGGUUCAAUGCAGUAUCUCUAAUAGUGACAAAUAAUUCCAUUGCAUUAAUGUCCAAGGUUAGAUGCAAGAGACAAGGAUUGAUUAGUUAAGUCAUUAGAACUCAACAAGCUUUAAAAGAUAAUUAGUUUUAUUUUUUUUAAUUUACUCAGUCACUAUGUUGUAUAUUGAUUUUAAACUCAAUUUAUUAAGUGCCUGUUCUUUCUCUGUAUUAAAAUGUUUAAGUUAGCCUUCCACCAUUUCUGUGUAUUGUGUACAUAUUUAAUAAAUAUUUUUCAGUAGAAA